AUGAUGGAAAAUGUUAUAGCAAAUCUCAAAUCAUCGUCGAUAUUCGAUCAUCACCAUUCGAACGUAUCAUCAAAUGUACUGCGCGACAAACAAUCAAAUGCAUCCGACAAUCUAAUUGUUCUUGAUGAUGAUGACGAUGACGAUGAUACUGAACUUCAUGAAAACGAAGAACAUACAACUUUGAAAACAUUAAUUCCGAAACUUGAUAUAGAUACGGAAUUAAUUCAUGUUCAACCAAAUCUACCUAUGCGAAUAUGUACAGCUGGUUUAUUUUAUUCAAAUCUUCCACAAACUCAUGUUAUUAUAGUUAAUCAUUCUCUUGUAGUAUCACCUAAAUGUAUAAUUAAACGACAAUUAUAUUUAAGUAAACCUAAUCCAUUAUUAUCUCUACCAAUUCGAACUCGUAUUUAUAAUCGUUAUUUAUCACUAUCUGGUUUUAUACUUGAAAAACCUUGUGCAAUAAAAAAUUCCAAUCGAUAUCUUAUUAUUUAUGAUAAUUUUACUGCAUAUUAUCAUUCACAAACUGAAUUUCAUUUAUGUCUUUGUCAAGAUUUUGAAAAACAUCUAACAAAUAUUGAUUAUUUAGAAUUACGAACAUAUUAUCGAGAUGCAUUUCGAUAUUCUAAUCAAUCUAAACAAUCAAAUUUAACUGUAGGUACAAUAAUUCGUGUACGAAAAUUCGGUACACAAUAUCAUAAUGCACGUAUUACUGACAAAGAUUGUUCAAUUAUAAAAAUAUGUUUUUUUGAACGAAAAUCUCAAACAGAAAUGUGGAUACAUUUAAAUUCAUCUAUUAUUGAACCAACUUUAACAAAAGAAUUAGAUAUUUCUUCGUCACCAACUUGUCAAAAUUCAAUAAAAGAUUUAAUCAUAUCAUCAAACUCCGAUUUAUUAUGCUUACGUAAACGGAAAACGAAUGCCAAUGAUAUAAAUGAAGGUACAAAAAAGCUGCGUGACCGAUCAAAUACUCAACGAUUAACAAUGCCUCAACGUCAAUAUUCAUCAUCUAGUGAUGAUACUCAACCACUAGUAGCAUCAUCACGUGCAAAUAUGCUUACAGUUUAUUAUACGAGUAUUCUUCUACCGAAAUUUCGUAUACUUAAUAAUAUUCCAUACAUAGUACAUAACUGUAGCCAACAAUGUAUUUUAUCAGUCGAAAAAAAUUUUCUUCCAAAUAAAAUUCAUAUCAAUCCAUAUCUACUUCCAUUUGAAUGUCAAUGGUCGAUUAUAGAUGGUAAACCACGUGGUUAUCGUACACCAUGUCAUCGUACAUUUUAUUCACUUGAUGACAUUGAAAAAUAUCUUUAUAAAACAGAUUCACAAUUAUCAAUAAAAUUUUUUAUUGAUGAUCUUUUAACACGUUUUACACCAGCAAUUGAUACAUUUGAUAGAAAAUUUCUUGUUACUAAUGAUUUAUCUAAUGGUCAAGAAAAUAUCUUAAUAUCUGUAUAUAAUGAUAUAGAUAAUGAUAAACCAGAUAAUUUUACUUAUGUUACCGAAACUCAUUCAUUUGAUAAUGAAAUUUAUGCACAAUACAAAGAUUAUAGUAAGACAUCAUGUUGUAAUUGUACUGAUAAUUGUAAUGAUCGAAUGAAAUGUGCUUGUUUUCGUAAGACAUUAAAACAAGCAAUGCUUAAUCAUGAUCCAUUAGUAACCGAAAAACAAAAAAAUCGUUAUACACUAUCAAAUAUAAUUAAAAGUAUAGGCUAUCAAAGAAAACGAUUACUUAAUCCUGUAUUAAGUGGUAUAUAUGAAUGUAAUUCUAAAUGUUCAUGUCAUUCAAAACAUUGUUCAAAUCGUCUUGUUCAGCAAGGUUUAUUUGUUCAAUUACAAUUAUUUAAAGAUAAAAAUAAAGGCUGGGGUUUACGAACUUUACAUGAUAUACCACGUGGUACAUAUAUUUGUCAAUAUAUUGGAGAAUUAAUAACAUCGGAUGAAGGAAAUGAUCGUGCACAAACUAUGGAUGAUAGAUAUCAAACAAGUCUUGAUUUAGUUAAACAAAUUCGUUAUGAAAUUAAUAAUGGAGAAGAAUAUAAUGAUAAUGAUGAAGAUCCAUAUGUAAUAGAUGGAAAUUUAUAUGCUAAUUUAGGAAAAUAUUUUAAUCAUUCAUGUGAACCAAAUAUGUAUAUUCAAAAUGUCUUUAUUGAAUCUCAUGAUUUACAUUUUCCGAAUUUAGCAUUAUUUACUCGUACACGUGUUAAAGCUGGAGAAGAAUUAACUUGGCAUUAUAAUUGCGAAUUAUUACCUGAUCGUGAAGUGAAAUGUUUUUGUGGCUCAAAAAAUUGCCCAGCAACAGCAACAGCAGGAGCAAUAGCAAUAACAACUGCAUCUCUAUCAUCAUCUCAAUCUCUAUCACAAUCGACAGACGAUUCAUCAACAGCAGCAGUCGUUAUGACACAACCAUCAUCAACUUCACAUCUAUCUGACAUUGUACGACAAAAAUCUACAACAAUGCCAACGAAUCAUUGUUCAUCUAUUCAACUACAAGAUGAUACAUCAUCUGCAUCGAGUAAAACACGUUUACUUCAACGUAUGAUUUCAUUAAGACGUUCAUCAAGUAGUAAACCAUCAACACCAAUUUUAUCAUCUCAUGUUUCAUCAACAUCAUCAUCAUGUCGUUCAUAUAAUGUACGUGCAUUUGAAAUAGCACGCGAUCGAAAUCUUCGUCAUUAUCCUUGUAUUAUACAUUUUCUUGAUGAUACUGAACGAAUAUUUCAUAUAGAUCGUCGUUGUAAAGGAAUUGAUUUACUUAAUGAAGUAUUUGAUUAUUUGGAUUUAUCAACUGAAAGAAAAUAUUUUGGUUUACUUAUUGAAGAUUUAACACAAGAUUUUGCAUAUCGUUGGUUAGAUUCAACAAAAAUUCUUAAAAAACAAUUAACAACAAUGUCACCAUAUCAUCUUUAUUUUAAAGUACGAUUUUUUCUUACGGAUCCAUCAACACAAAUUGACGAUGAAUUUACGAAAUAUUUAUAUGUAUUACAAAUAAAAAAAGAAUUAUUAAGUGGAAAAAUGUGGUGUCCAAGAUCAACAGGAGCUAUUCUAGCAAGUUAUCUUGUACAAAGUGAACUUGGUGAUUAUGAUUCAAAUGAACAUCGACAAGGUUAUUUAGAAGAUUUUCGUUUUGUUCCAUUUCAAAAUCCAGAAUUUGAAAAUGAAGUUGAACAAUAUCAUAAACAACAUAAAGGUCAAUCUCCUGCUGAUGCUGAAGUCAAUUAUCUUCAUAUGGUGAGUUCAUUAGAUAUGUAUGGUGUAGAAUUACACAAGGCGUCUGUUAAAGUAUCAAAUACAAAUGAUAAUGUAAAUAAUUCAAUUGUUGAAUUAUAUGUUGGUGUAUGUGCAAUUGGAAUAUCUGUUUUUCAAAAUUCAACGAAAUUAAAUACAUUUCCUUGGGAUCGAAUAACAAAAAUUUCUUUCAAACGUCGAACAUUUUAUAUUCAACUUGUUAAAAAUCUCAAUUCACCAGAUGAUAAUUCAAUUGUAUUUACAUUACGUAGUUAUCGUUGUUGUAAAUAUUUAUGGAAAUCAUGUGUUGAUCAUCAUACAUUUUUUCGUUUAACAACGAUUUCACCAUCACCAAAAAAAUUCUUUCAAUUCACUAAUAAAUUUCGACAGAGUAAUGAUGUUAUUCCAAAUGGUUUAAUUAUGGAAGCAAAUGGUAAAAAGCCAAAGACAUUUGAAAGAGUUUCAAGCCGUAGGAAUUCUCGUGUAACAAAUGGUUCAUCAACAUUACCAGCAAAUAAUACCUUGUCAUUAAAUAGAAAUUCGAAUUUAAAAACAGUUCUAUUUCUUUCAUCAUCAUCAGUAUCAAUUUCAAAAUCUGAUAAAUUAGCAAAUAAUCGUUCACCACCACCUCCUAAACCACCACGACAACCAUUUAAUUCAACAAAAAAUUCUUUCGCAAAUAAUAAUGCAUUAAUUGAAGCUAAUGAAUAUAAACCAAAGAAUGCAACACUACCACGAAACAAUGAGUAUCGAAACAGUACUGAUAUGCUCAACGAAACAACAUAUAUCGAUGAAAAUAUAUCAAAACAAAAUUCUGAUACAAUUCUUAUUAGACUUCAAUCGGAUGAUGAUGGUCGAUAUGGUUUUAAUGUUAAAGGUGGUGGAGAUGAACAUACACCAUUUGUUAUUUCAAGAGUUGCUUUAAAUACACCGGCUAAUCGAGCAUUACUUCAAGAAGGUGAUCAUAUUUUAUCAAUUAAUAAUAUUGAUAUUCAAAAUCAUUCACAUGAUGAAGUUGUUAAUAUGAUUCGACAAUCACGUGAAAGACCAUCGGGUGAAUUAGAACUUUUAAUACGACCUUUACAAAAAUGUCAAUUAACAAUAAAUAAUGAUACAGAUUCAGAAGAUGCUUAUGAUAAUGGUUUAUUAAGUUUAAAUUCGAAAGAUCCUUUAGAACAAUCAGUAGAAACAUUACGUGAUGAUCUUUCCACUGGCCAUCUUAUUGAACAGUAUGAAAUACUUCAACGAAGAAAAGAAGGUUUUACAUUCGAAAUAGCUACUAGUCAAAAUAAUUAUUAUCGUAAUCGUUAUAAAGAUGUUUUACCAUAUGAUCAAACACGUGUUAUACUUAAAUCUAGUUCAGAUAGUGAUUAUAUCAAUGCGAAUUUUAUUAAUAUGCCUAUAACAUCAACGGAUAUUGUUAAUCGGUAUAUAGCGACUCAGGGCCCAUUACCAACAACAUGUGAAGCUUUUUGGACAAUGAUUUGGGAACAAGAAUGUACAUUAUUAAUUAUGUUAACAACUUUAUUUGAAAAUGGUCGAAUAAAAUGUCAUCAAUAUUGGCCAAAUGUAUUAGAAACAAAUGAUUAUGGUUUAUUUAGUAUACGUUGUCGACGUGAACGAAAAGAAAAUCAACUUAUCUAUCGAGAAUUUUUAUUUUCACAUAAAGAAACUAAUGAAGAAAGAAUUAUUUAUCAAAUACAAACAGAAACAUGGCCUGAUCAUGGUGUACCCAAUGAUUUUUCAUCUUUUGUUGACUUCGUUUUAGAAAUUCGAGAAUUAAGAAAAUCUAAUAAUCAUUUACCUAUUCUUGUUCAUUGCAGUGCUGGUAUUGGUCGAACAGGAGUUUUAAUUUUAAUGGAAACAGCUCUUUGUCUUAUUGAAACUAAUCAACCUAUAUUUCCACUUGAUAUUGUUCGACAAAUGCGUGAACAACGUUUAGGAAUGAUACAAACAGCUAGUCAAUAUCAAUUUGCAUGUGGAGCUGUACUUUAUGCCUAUGAUCAGGGAUUAGUACAGAUAGGCGGCAAUUAA